AUGAAAGAUUUAGGGGCCGUGAAGUAUUUACUUGGUUUUGAAGUGUUUCGAUCUAAGGAAGGUAUCUUAUUAAGUCAGAGGAAGUAUGCGCUGGAAUUAAUCAGAGAUACUAGCCGAGGGGGAGCCAAACCUGUUGCAACUCCUAUGGAGCAGCGUUUGAAGUUUACGACAGUGGAAUAUGAUGAAGUUUUAGGAACUAAAAAAGGUUCACAACAGAUUGAGAAUGAGGUCUUAGGAACUGAAAAUGGAGUGUUUCAAUGGUUGAUUCAAAGAUUACCAUACUUGACGCAUACAAGGUCAGAUAUUAUGUAUGUUGUCCAUCAUCUGAGUCUGUUCUUACAGCAUCCAAAAAGAUCUCAUUUGGAAGCAGCCAUGAGGAUUUUUAAAUAUGUUAAGAAGACAUCUGGUCAAAGAAUAUUGCUUCGGUCUUCAGGGUAUGUUCAGCUGGAGGCGUACUGCGAUGCAAACUGUGGGUCUUGUUUGAUGGCUAGGAGAUCUAUUACAGGCUACUGUAUCAAGAUUUGUGGAUCUCUGGUGUCCUAG